AUGACCUACCCCGUGCUCAUGGAGAACUUGUUCAGCGGGAACGUCUCGCGGCUGCUGCAGUACGACGAAGGACGGACGAUCAUAGUCGAGCUCAUCGGCGCGGGGAACGAACUCGCGGGCCCGAAGCGGGCGAAGCAAUCCCGGUACGAGUGCAAAGUCCCUGGGGACGUGCACUGGGACAUCACGAAGAUGUGCUACAUGAACCGCUACGGCGCGGUGAACAAGACCGUCCCGGAGAGGUCGCGCACGACGCUGUCGCAGUUCAUGCACGUCGAUCAACCGAACGAGGCGUUCAACAACAUGACGCCGUACAUUUAUCCGUUCAUGCUCAUGUGGGUCGCGUGCGGGCUCCUUACCUCGGACGGCGCGCAAAACGUAAGGAGAGGACGAAAACAACGGUGGGAAGAAACCACCGUGUUUAAGAUGAUCAACAAGUACCUCUUCCGCGGACGUUUGAAGAAGAAAGCGGUUAAGAAAGACAUGAUGGAGGAGUUCGGAAAGUCCAAGGCGAAGAUGAUCGGACAGGACAAGGACAAGACGGGGUCGUUCCAAGGGUUGACUUUCGACGACGUCGCGGGGGUUGAUCACAUCGUCGACGAGUUCAAGUACUACAUAUCCGUCAUGAAGGAAUUCAAAGAGUGGCAACAGGAGGAUAUGGCCAAGAGGGGCGGCAGUGGCAAGUGGAGUGAUCUCCCGAAGAAAGGACGGAUGAAGUACAUCAUGUCCGAGUUUCAGAGGAUACCCAAGCCGGGUGAUCCGAUUUUCAUGGUGGACCCGGAUUUCACGUACGAAGUCGAAGAUGACAACUUGUCCGCCGAACGCGCGAAGCUGAGCAUCCCCAAAGGCGUCCUAUUCGAAGGUCCGCCGGGGACGGGGAAGACGCUGCUCGCGAAAGCCGUCGCCGGCGAAGCUGGAGUGCCAUUUUUCUACGCGAACGGCUCGGAGUUUGUCGAGAUGUUCGUCGGAGUCGCCGCGAAGCGCGUGCGGGAUUUGUUCAGACGCGCGAGGGACGUGUCCCCGUCGAUCAUUUUCAUCGAUGAGCUCGACACGAUCGGACGCAGCCGCUCGUUGUACAGCAACCGCGAUUCCGCGACAUUAGAGCGCGAGGCGGGUCUGCUUCAGCUCUUAGUUGAACUCGACGGGUUCGAAACGAAAUCGUCCGCGGGCUCAAAGCAAGAGAUGGUACUCGUGAUGGGAGCCACGAACCUGAGCGCGCAGCUCGACCCCGCGUUAUUACGAAGCGGUCGGUUCGAGCGAUCGUUCAACAUCAACGUCCCUUCGACGCACAAAGACCGACUCGCGAUCCUAAAAGUGCACGCGCGGAAGCUGAACAUCCCGCGCGGGGGCAACGAGAAGUGGGACGAGGACGCGCUCUUGAACCGCACGACAGAGCUGACGCACGGGUACAGCGGCGCCUCGCUCGCGGCGCUGUUAAACGAAGCCUCGAUUUUGUCCGUUCGCGCGAACAGGGAAUUCGUCAACAUCGAGGACAUCGAGCGCGUCCUGGAGAGGAACCUCGUAGGCGUCGCGUCCGCGCCCAUGGAGGACGGGUGGGGCAAGGAUCACCUCGCGAUGGUCGAAGCCGGACGCGCGGUGCUGUGGUCGUCCAAGUCGUCGAAGCAGUACUGCCCGACGGUUUUGAGAGUCACGAUCAAGCCGCACGGGACGAAGACGACCGGAGUGAUGCUUCAGCAGGAGACGACGGAGCAUCAGUGGACGGAGGACGACGCCCGGGCGACGUCGUUGGACGAGUACAUCGACGGCCUCGCGAUGUUGCUCGCGGGGCGGUGCGUGGAGACCGUGUUCUUCGGUCCGCAAGGUGUCAGCGUGCAGACGAAGGGCGAUCUCGUCGCGGCGGUGGACAUCGCGUACGACAUCGCGACCUCCUCUGGCGUGUACCCGGACUCGAAGAAAGGGUUGAGACCGUACUGGCCGGAGGAGCUCAUCGAGCACUUCCGCCUCCCCGCCGCGGAGAUGGACGCGGGCGUGCACGAUUUGAUGAUGCGAGCGCACAUCAGGGCAGAGGAAUACGUGCAGUAUUACAAGCCCGUGAUUCUUCAAGUCGCGUCCGAGCUCUUAGCGCACGAGUCUCUGUACGGGACGCACAUCAAAGAUCUCGUGAACGAGCACGAGGUAAAGAUGGCGGUCGCGAAGGACGAGUCCCUCGCGAAGGCGCAGGCGAAGAAAGAAGACGCGGAGAACCGUAAGCGAAAGGACAAGGAGUUCGAGGACGAGACGAACGAGCGGCGACGAGCCGCGAGCGCGGAGAAGACGGAACAAGUCGAGUCGCGAGGCGUCGCCGGGGCGAUCGACGUAGACUCGAGCGACGAGCCGCUCUCCUCGGAUCCGUUCGGGACGAGCGAAACGGCUGGCGUCGUCGACGACAACUUCAAGGGCGUCCUCGGCCGCGCGAUGCGGUCCGUCGGCAGACGCGGAGGCGCGUUCCCGGAGAGCGAGAGGAAACCCGAGGACGAGGACGAGGACGCGGACGCGAAGAAGUAG